UCAGAUUUCUAUAUCUGGAUCUUGCCCCGUGUUGGAUUCACCCGGGUACUGAAAAAAAGACUGGUUAUUUCAAUCAAGCUCUUGAAAUUUCCAACCCUUGAGCAGCCUAGAGUGAAGAUGGCAGAAGGUGAGGAUAUCCAGCCACUCGUCUGCGACAAUGGAACCGGAAUGGUCAAGGCCGGGUUUGCUGGCGAUGAUGCUCCUAGGGCUGUGUUCCCUAGCAUUGUGGGUCGUCCACGGCACACUGGCGUGAUGGUUGGAAUGGGGCAGAAGGAUGCCUAUGUUGGGGAUGAAGCUCAGUCCAAGAGAGGUAUUUUGACCUUGAAAUACCCCAUUGAGCAUGGUAUAGUAAGUAACUGGGAUGAUAUGGAGAAGAUCUGGCAUCACACUUUCUACAAUGAACUUCGAGUUGCCCCAGAAGAACACCCUGUGCUGCUUACUGAAGCACCUCUGAACCCAAAGGCCAAUCGUGAGAAGAUGACCCAAAUUAUGUUUGAGACCUUCAACACUCCUGCUAUGUAUGUUGCUAUUCAGGCUGUCCUCUCCCUUUAUGCCAGUGGUCGUACAACUGGUGAGUUGUCCUAAAUCAGCAUGUUCAAUUGAAUUUAUUGUUGUGUUCCAUAUGAUGGCCAAUGAGACUAUAGGAAUUAGUUUGAUCAAAUGUGAUGACCACAUACCUUUAUGAAGUAACAAAGCUGACUAUGAUUGUUCAUUUUGGUGCUCUACCAAUCGAAGAUGUCUAGAUUGUCAAGGCAGAAAGUGAUUUGUUUUUUUAACAGAGGUAAGGUGAAUUAAAAUGUACAUAAAGUUGUCUUUUCGGGAAUGAAUAGAGGUGUAAUAACUAUGAAAGUCCAUGCUUCUCUGCAAAUAAGCACAUUACUUCAAGCUGCUGGCUUGCUGGUAUUUACAAGUGGUUAUUGGGGGUUUCACCUUGACAAUCUUGUUACCUUCCUGUGUGCAGGUAUCGUUCUGGACUCUGGUGAUGGUGUCAGCCAUACCGUCCCUAUCUAUGAGGGAUAUGCACUCCCUCAUGCCAUCCUUCGUCUCGACCUGGCUGGCCGUGACCUGACUGAUGCUCUCAUGAAAAUCUUGACCGAGCGUGGCUAUUCCUUCACCACCACAGCUGAGCGGGAAAUUGUGAGGGAUAUGAAGGAGAAGCUGGCAUACAUAGCCCUUGACUAUGAGCAGGAGCUGGAAACUUCAAAGACCAGCUCCUCUGUUGAGAAGAGCUAUGAGCUUCCUGAUGGACAAGUGAUUACCAUCGGUGCUGAACGUUUCAGAUGCCCUGAAGUCCUAUUCCAGCCCUCAAUGAUCGGGAUGGAAGCUGCUGGGAUUCACGAGACUACAUACAACUCUAUCAUGAAGUGCGACGUGGAUAUCAGAAAGGAUUUGUAUGGCAACAUUGUUCUUAGUGGUGGAUCUACCAUGUUCCCAGGUAUUGCUGACAGGAUGAGCAAGGAAAUCACUGCUUUGGCUCCCAGCAGCAUGAAGAUCAAGGUGGUUGCCCCACCUGAGAGGAAAUACAGUGUCUGGAUCGGAGGCUCCAUCUUGGCAUCUCUCAGCACUUUCCAGCAGAUGUGGAUCGCCAAGGCAGAGUACGAUGAGUCUGGCCCCUCCAUCGUCCACAGGAAGUGCUUCUAAGUCAUGCUGUGCUGGUGCGGUUGUCGUUGUCGUUCUUUUUCUUCUUGUGGUGGAGCAGUUGCAUCUUGCAAGAAUGUCCUCUUUCUAUGUUAGCUUAUUUUUUUUUCGUUUCUUUUUUUUUCUUUCCCCUCUUCCAAAUUCAUUCGGCUAUGCACUAAGAACGAAUGAAGUGACAUAUUGUCAUUCCCGUUAGCAGUUUUUCUUAAUGCAAGUUAUGCGAUCUCGUAUUAUGAUAGUUAAAUCUGAACUAUAUAUAUGUUUAUUCAUUGGAAGGGUUGAGUUUGUGAUUUGCUAGCUAGCGUCCUUUCUCCCGUGUUAGCGUUUGCAAACCCAUGCUAAAUUCCAUACCAUCUCUGAGUUCUAGGUGAUGUUUUGUCUCAACUUUGAUCCUCUUGGCGUUUCCAAAAACAUUACUAAACC